AUGCCGAAGUCUGGAGGGACCACUACAGUAGGAAUGGCCGCCGUUAGCUCUGAUGACUCGCUCAAAGCGAGAAUCCAGUAUCUUGCCAGAGACGACCAGCACCAGUUGGUGAAACCAUAUUAUUUGUACUUCAAGUACGACUCCGAUAUCGCUCCAACAAACACAUCCCCUGAUGAUCGGUUUGUCCAAAUCUGUAAUGCUCGGAAUCUGGGCGUUCCGCCGAGAGAGAUGUUCUUCGAGUGGGGGUUCGCUCAGCUGCGUCUUGAUUGUCCUUUGACACCUGAGGAGUAUUGCUAUGACAAGAAAGUGGAAGAAGUCCUGUAUCCCAAAUACAAAACGAUUGCCCAGUUUUUGUUCCCAAAUGCUGCGCGAGUUGAAGUCCUAGAGCAUGCAGUCCGCAUACGUCACCCUCUUUGGCUAUCUGAGGGCAUCGAACGACACGAUCUUAAGACAAACCAACCGAGUGAUUAUGUGCACAUUGAAAACUACAUCCAAGAGCUUACCCUUCAUUUCACCAGCUUCUGGAAGCCAAUAAAAGGGCCAGUAUACGACUUUCCGCUCACGCUUUGCGACCGCCGUACAAUAGACUACGAAUCUCAGGCCACUGCAAUGGAUAUUGUUACUAACGUUUACGUCAACGAGAAUACUCGGCUAUACUUUAACGAGAAGCACAAAUGGUACUACUGGCACGGCUUGCAGGUCGACGAGGUAAUCGCCUUCAUACAGGCAGAUUCCCAAGCAGAGAAUCGAGCAGGUAUGAUGGACUUUACCCCUAUCGAGUAG